AUGUCCAGUACAACAAGCGCGAAACUCCCAACGUACUUCAUCGGUCAUGGAGGAGUCACGAUUCUAUUCCGCGACGGGACCGAACCCAUUCGAUCGGGUCUCCUCGGCAUUGGAAGAGAAAUCAAAAGGCUGAAGCCAGAAGCGAUUGUCAUUACGAGUGGGCAUUUUCAGAGCAGGGAUGAGACGAUUCAGGUCAACGUGAAAGAACCAACAAAAGUCUGGCACGAUUUCAGCUUCGACUACCACGACACAUAUCCGCAUGUGUAUCAAUACGACUAUCCGCAUCGAGCCUCUGCGUCGCUGGCACGGCAAGUGCUUACGCAUCUCCAAGAGAAUGGCAUCGAGGCGGAAGCCGUUGAGCGAGACUUGGACCAUGGGGUGUGGGUUCCGUUCAAGCUCAUGUUUCCGGAAGGAGACGACGAUGGGGCGUUGGAUAUCCCCAUUGUCGAAGUCUCGACGUAUCGGAGUGAUGACUAUCAGGCUCAUAUCGAACUGGGGAAAGUUCUUUCUACGCUACCCGGCCGGAUACUGGUAAUCGGAUCCGGAAUGCUGGUGCACAACCUGCAUGCCUCCCAGACACAGCCAGCAGAAGGACCAACCUACGCGAGGGACGUCGAAGAGACGGCACUGAGCUAUCUGAACGCGACGACGGCAGAAGAGAGAACGGCCGGUCUGCUGGCGCUGCAGAAACGGGCGGAUUGGAAGCUGGCCCAUCCCACCGAGGAUCAUAUCUUGCCUCUGUAUGUGACGCUGGGCGCGGGGCUUGAUGAGAGAGAACACAAGGUGUGGAAUCAGGGACUCGAUACUGCGGGGAUGUCGUUCGUGUCUUUCCGGCUUGGUGAGGCGGCUGCUUGA